UGCCGCGGGCGUGGGGCCCGGUAAAGCCCCUCAGGAGGAGCCGGGGCGGGUCGGAGCUGCGGGGGAGCUGCCGAGAAGGUCAGCGAGACCCUGGUUUAAGAGCCUUCGGUUCCUCGGGCAGCGACGGCUUCCUGACGCGAGGUGCAGCAGUAAAUGUGUAAAAGCUUCCGAGCAGCGUGUUUGGCCUGGUGGGUGCGGGGAGCAGGAGAGGGAAGAGCCGUGAGCGCCAGCGGAGAGCCUCUGUAAUCCGUUCAACGUCCCAAGCCCCUCUUGAAGCCUCCCUCCAUCUGUUCCCCCACCUCAGCCCCGUGCUCGCACGGUCCCAGGAUGUGGUGCAGGAGGCUGGCGUGUCUCUUCAAGGUGCCGUGCCGCUGGAGUGGAAGCACUAGACAUCGCUCGCCAUGGCUGCUCCGUGACAGAAGGACCAUCCCUGCUGCUGCAGCUCACUGGCAUCACACAGCCCCAGAGUCCCUCAAGUGUGCCUGGCAGUUACACAGUGACCAUCUAGAGCUCAGAUACGCGAACACACUGAUGCGUUUCGAUUUUGUCUGGCUGCGGGACCACUGCCGCUCCGCUUCCUGCUACAAUGCCAAGACAAACCAGCGCAGCUUGGACACAGCUAGUGUGGACCUGGGAAUCAAACCCAAGGCUGUCCGAGUGGAUGAGACCACGCUCUUCCUCACGUGGCCGGACGGGCAUGUGACACGGUACGGGCUGGAGUGGCUGGUGAAGAACAGCUACGAGGGGCAGAAGCAGCAGGUCAUGCACCCACGCAUUCUCUGGAACGCAGAAAUCUACCGCCAAGCCCAGGUCCCAUCCGUUGACUGCCGGAGUUUCCUGGAGACAGAUGAGGGGCUGAAGGAGUUCCUGCGAAACUUCUUGUUAUAUGGGAUUGCUUUUGUAGAGAAUGUCACUCCCACCAAAGAGGACACAGAAAUCUUAGCAGAAAGGAUCAGCUUAAUCAGGGAGACCAUUUACGGUAGAAUGUGGUACUUUACCUCCGACUUCUCUCGGGGAGACACUGCCUACACCAAGCUGGCUCUGGAUCGUCACACCGACACAACCUACUUCCAGGAGCCCUGCGGCAUCCAAGUGUUUCACUGCCUGAAGCACGAGGGCACGGGCGGGCGGACGCUGCUGGUGGAUGGUUUCUACGCGGCAGAGCAGGUUCUCCAGCAAGCCCCUGAUCAAUUCGAGCUGCUCAGCAAGGUGCCGUUGAAGCAUGAGUAUGUUGAGAACGUGGGAGACUGUCACAACCACAUGAUCGGAGUUGGGCCGGUCCUCAAUGUCUAUCCCUGGAACAACGAGCUUUAUCUGAUCAGAUACAAUAACUAUGAUCGUGCUGUCAUCAACACCGUGCCUUACGAUGUUGUGCAUCGCUGGUACGCUGCUCAUCGCACACUCACUGCAGAGCUCAGGAGACCAGAAAAUGAACUGUGGGUCAAACUGAAGCCGGGCAAGGCACUGUUCAUAGAUAACUGGCGCGUCCUGCACGGACGGGAAGCGUUCACAGGGUACCGCCAGCUCUGUGGCUGCUACCUGACAAGAGACGAUGUGCUGAACACCGCACGCCUACUGGGACUCCAAGCUUAGCCCGGACCACCCUCCGCGGCAAGGCAGUCAGACCUCCAGCACCACCGUGCUGGUGCGUCACCACGACGAAGAUGUUGCACAUACCUCAGACACCUCCGCCCUCUCCACGCAGCUCUCGGUGCCUGCUCAGGAGAGGGAGCAGGUGGAAGCCAAAGGUUAUGGGAGCUUUACGGGACUGUGUUCUGCCUUGGAGCAUGGUCAGCUCUUGCUGUCUGCGCACCCAGCCUGGUCUUCCCAGCCAGUCAGUCUGUCUCAGCUCUGCUGAGUGAGGGUUAAUCGCACCACGGGAAGUGCUCCCAGCACCUAUUGAUGUGAAGUGCUCCUCCAGUCAAGUGCCUUCAGGAUUUCAGAUCUUUGCAUUUUUCCCCUGUUGUUUAGCCUUUUUGUCAGCUGGCAGUUCUAGUUGUUUUUUAGCAGAGCAGAAUGGAAAUCUUUGGGGUCUUGUCUCACCCCAGGCUGGAUUUUACCCCUUCUAGAGAAAAUAAAAAUCUGUGGUCCCUAUUUGAUGAAAAUGCCACUACUCAAACUGUGAGGGCUGUUGGCAUAUUUCAGUGACUUCUUUCUUCUUAAACAUAUGAUGUACCCCUAUAGCAGUCACUGAUGCAAGCUGUGCUGCUUGAGAGAUGGCCUGGAGAGAGAACCUGGUAUAGUUAGGGUAUUUCUAAAAAGGUGUAGGUUAGAAGGAAAGGGGGAAGUAGCGAGAUCUGCAUGUUGGGAAGGAGAGAUGGCUGUGUUAGAUGCAGGAUGUAGUUCUCACAUUGCCUUGACUUCCAGUAAUAUAGUGCUUGUGUUCUUUCUGCCUGUUGCACUGUGCUUGUAUCAAGGGCAAAGGCUCAGCAGCUCCGGUAUUUGCUGACAAAUUCCCGCCUGUGCCUGCUCUUUUAUCUUUUCAGAAGAAGGAAUUUGUGUUAGGUCAUCAUUAUGCUGGCUGCUGGAUGAGGCUGACUGUCUUUUUUUCACCAGGUUCUCCUGCAUCUGAAGGUAAUGAACACAGCGGUGCCCUUCAGCUCCUGGUAGCUGGGAGGAUAAAUUGGAGUCUGGCACAUUGAAGGGCCGCAGUGUAAGGAACAAAAGCAAAUCCUGUCAUUACUAGAAAGGUUGGAAUUUUAGAACCAAAGUGUAUUGGUGACAGUUUGUCCUGGCGUACGUGCCUUUCUGACACAGAACAUAGUGACUGUAGCUCUGCCUCCCAUUGCAGCUGCUGCUGCUGAGGGCUGUGGUCAUCAAACACCAGCCAGCUCCAAGCCAAGGCACUCCUCAAGGUGAUCGUGUACUCCGUUUUGGGGAAAAUUGCUCAUGGUGAAUGUAGAAGUAACACGUUUCCUCAUGGGUAUUAUUCCAAUUAAUUUCACCAUCCCAACAAUAAAACGUGGAGUGGAGAGAGCUUUGUUUAAAUCUUGGGCUUCACCUCUCCCUGCUUCCCAAAAGGGCUAAAUUCUUCCUAAGCAUUAAAACUUUAUUUGAAGGAACAGGACUUCUUGGCAGUUGCCGCCUGUCUGCUAGGGGCGUUUGUUGUGCCGUGUUACGGACCAUGUUCUGUUUGCUGUAAUGAUAGUGGAUCAGUUUUUGUAAUUGAGCUUUUUCAAUUCUUUCAGCCAAUAAAUGAUGAACUGCUUCCUUCUUCCCACUACAGUGGUGAUCCAAUGUAUGUGUUUAAGGCAUUUUCCAAAACUAAGACAUCAAGUCUUCAAAUAAAUGAUUUAUAAAGCGGUCAGCUUAACAAAAUAAAAAUUUCAAGCAAUUAUGAACUUGAAAAUAAGUCUGUAUUAUCUAUCAAAAGUGGAAUAAACGUGAGGAGCAGUA